GCUGUUGAUAAAGAAGUAUGCGAAAAACUGGUGUCUUAUCGUGAAUUCACUUUUUUGUGAAGUUUAUCAGUAAGUAGUAGUUGUGUGUCUGUUCAGGUGUUCAGUUGUCUAGCCGCUCCGAUAACGUCUGCACCCAGACAUGGUUAAAGUGGCCGUGGUCACCGGCUCCAACAAGGGCAUCGGGUUCUCCACUGUGAAGGGACUACUGCAGAGGUUCGAUGGAGCAGUUUUCCUCACCUCCAGAGACGAUGGCAGAGGCAAGGCAGCUGUCGCUAAACUGAAUGCACUCGGUCUGUAUCCAGAGUAUCAUCAGCUCGAUGUGACAGACCGCGACAGUGUGGCCAGGUUCAGAGACUCCGUGAGGGAGAAAUAUGGCGGCAUCGACAUCCUGGUCAACAACGCAGCCAUCUGCGACUGCGCGGACAUGCUGCACCUCUCCUACGAGGAGAGCAAGAACAUCAUCGACAUCAACUACUUCAGCCUCUUUAUCAUCCAGGAGUACUUGUACCCGCUGGUCAGGAACAAUGGACGCAUCUUGAACAUCUCUAGCAAAUACGGACAUCUGUGUAACGUGAGGAAUGAAUACUGGAUCAAGAGGCUGUCGAACAAACAUUUGACAGUGAACGAUAUUAAUGACUUUGUGAACUGGCACCUGGAUGCCGUGAAGAAUGGUACCUUCAACAGGGCGGAUUUUGCGGAGGAAGGGGCACUUGCAGCGUACAGGGUGGCGAAGGUGGCAGUAAGUGCUCUGACCUUCAUACAGCAGCAGGAGCUGUACGGGAGGAACAUCAGCGUGAACUGCAUGCACCCUGGGCUGGUGCGCACCGACAUGACGAAGGGUGUCGGCUUCCUGGACGCAGACCAAGCUGCAGAAACUCCUCUCUACUUGGUGCUGGACGCUCCCGCUAGUAUCAAAGGUGCCUACGUCUGGUAUGAUAAACGAGUUCUGGACUGGUACGACCAUAAAGCUGAUUGGUAUUUCGAAUCUAUAAGUUUUUCACAAUAACUGUUGAGUCCAUUGAGUACAUCAGGCGAAUUGCUGCAGGCACAGAAUUUUUAAUUAAGUUUUAGCAAAAUGUGAACAAAUAAACUGAGCUAAACUGAAAAAUGUUUAUCAAAAAGUAGUUAUUUAUUGUAGUGUAGUGUUAUUUUGUUCUGUUUAAAUUGUCUAUCUAUUAGAAUGCACCUCGAUGACGCCAUCGGUGGAACAAUGUUAUCGUUACAUUAUGGAGUACCUAUUGACUGGCAAUGAUUACAUUUCAGAUCGUACCAAGUACAUCUUUGAAUUGUCAGUGCUUUAUUUAGUACUCAGUAUAAUUAUAUCGAUAUCAGCUCUAAAUUGAAUCGAAUUUAAUACCUUCAUUAAUGACGAAGUGAAUAUUACUGUCAAUUGCCGCCGGACAUAAUUCUAAAUUGCAUAACCAGAACAGGACUUUAAUGCCCCAGUUGUGAAUUUAAUCUAUUUUCAGCUGUAACUAGUUACGAUAAAACCACAAAUAAAAUAUCCAACUGAAAGAUA